AUGGAUAAGUGGGCACCCAUCGCACCCUCGAAACCAGGAGGACCUUCAAACUCCCAUAAUCUAUCGUCCCGUUUCGCUUCGGUCCUCAAACCUUCCAAACCAUCGGCAAGAGGAUCCGUAUCUUCAGGUCCGUUGGUCGGACGAUGGCCCGAAAAUGUCAUAUUGCGGAUCAUAGAGUUCCUUCCCGUACCAGAUCUACCAAAUGUAGCGAGGGCGAAUAGAUCUUUGGCGAGGUUGGUCAAGGAUGAAAGAGGAUGGGAAGUGAGAUGUAAAUGGUUAGGACUGUCACCUGACAAUUCUACUACAUCACCUAGAAAAAACAGUACGCAAAAACCUCUACCCACGCAAACACCUAAAAAAUCAUCUUUCUCCAUCCCAACCAAAUCUCGCGCAUCGAUAGACGACGAUUUUGGUGAUUUCUCUUCUCAAGCAAACAACAACAACACCAACAACAAUGAUGUAUUUGAAGAAGUAGACUUUGGUGAUUUCGAAGCUGCCAAACCUAAUGGCUCUUUUACUGGAUCAUCUAAAGGAAACAACUUGUUGGACUUUGAUGAUUUACCUUUACCUUCCAACUCGAAAUCUAUAACUGGCGGUCAACAGAAAACUGGUUUCUUCGCUUUGAUACCUACACCGACCAAACCGAAAUUCUCUUCGUCUUCUUCGUUCUCUUCUUUUUCUGCGGCAGCAUUGGGUAAUCCACCUGGACCAUAUUACAACUCCUAUAAGAAUCAUCAUCUAUCGAUGAUACCGUAUUGUAAUCAUUUACGAUCAUCCCCUUCUCCCAGCUCGACAUUAUCCCUCCUGUUCCCUCCCAACAGACCAUCUUCACUAGAUGAACAGUCCACUCUGCUUUUGAGCUUGCUAUUGUUCCUGUCUAGUAAACUUCAGCCGUUAAGAGAUUGGGGUUUUCUACGGCAAGCUCUGCUCGCGGCCGCAGAUAGAUUCGAUUCGACUUGUCUUGUAGCGUUCGAGGUUUCAGAUUCGAAGAAGGACGAAAGUGGUAUGAGACUAGCGGCGGAAAGUAGUUGGAAAGUAUGGGAUGCAGGGGGUGGAUCCAGGGAUCAAUGGGAAUGUGGGAGAGUAUGGGUAGAGAAGAGAGAAGUGUUUUACGAUACUGCCAGAUGGGAUUCUUCAGAGAAUAUUGUUAAAGUGCAAACGACCACAGGAGCGACCACUCGUCAACUCGAUUUCACGCCCAUGGAUGCAUUCAUUUCUCACGUGUUAGAAGCUUUCAGGAUGGAUGCAGAAUUUGCGAAAAGAGUUUUCCCACAGAACGCAAGAGUCAUCUUGUCUUUCUGCGAUAGAGUCGCAAGUGAUGUGAUCGGGGAAUACAUUCAUCCGUUAUUGUCGCAAGCUAGAGCUGUAUCUCAGGAUCUCUUCCUGCAAGCAACAGCAGCUACUUUCGUACAGGCCUGGAAAUUAGUCGAUCUGGUGAUGGAAGUGCUAGGGAAUGAUCAGACUACUAUAUCGAAAACGCAAGUAGAAGAUACAGUAUUUCGGAUGUUCGAACAGCACCUAGACGAGUAUUUGGACGAUGAGACAGAAAGAGUGAAACACCACCUAGAGGACAUAUGUAAGGCAUGGGAUCAACAGCUUGGAGCGACAGAUCCAGGACAAAAGCGUUCUCAUGGUUCCGGUCCUACAUUCUUAACUUCCGAAAACCCAGAUCAAGUCAAGAGAAAUGUGUUGGCAGGAUUCAAAGAUGCUCUUCUGCUUCCAGUGACCAUCGUACCGAGAACGGUCACGUUCGCUACCAAUGCCAUCGUGACUGGAUCAACACAAGCUGUUAGUGGACUGGCGAUGCUGAACCCCCAGAAGUGGACAGGAAGCGGAUCUAACGGGAAAUUGGUAAAGAAGGAAGGCGCGGGUGAAGAAGGUGGUGAUGUGGUGUUUGAAGUACCUGAUUCCGCUGAAAAUCAAGAAAAGUUCGAAGAAAAUGACGACGACGGUAACGGGAUCAAUGAGAAGAACGAUAGUUCUCUAUCUGUACCCAAUGACGACGAUACAACGCGGACGAUGACACCUAAUCCCGAAGGACCUAAAGAAGAUAACUCAUUUGAUAAAUUACAAUUGUUGGUAUCGCUUGAUACUGCUCUUGAACUCAUUCAGGCGGAUCGAGAUUCCUUGAAAAGAGCAGAAACGUUCGCUAAAUAUCCUGGAAGACCCGGAUUGCAUGUUAGAGAAGCUAUAGAAGAGAUCUUUAUUCUGUUGUUGAAGGCUGCGGGCGAUAGACAUAUUGCACCUGGAUUUAGAAUAGCAACCUAUCAGAUGUCAACGUACAAACCCUCAGAACACGAGACAACGACGUCCGUCGCUCCAUUGUUACAAUUCUUCGAAUUGGUUCACAUAGGAGAUACAAUCCAAUCGAUGAUCCAAGUGUAUUUCGAUAAAGAAUUAUCACCUUAUGUCGAUAAGACUGAUUUCCUGAAUGCCGUGAUGAGGGAGAAGAAGAGAUUCGAAAGUGUACUGGAUGAUGCGGUUGCGGCGGGCUUGAAUGCUGGGAUAGAGGUACUGAUGAAUCAGGUCGAGCAUAUUAUCAUCACCAAGACGGGACCUAGGGAGUAUUAUCCUGUCGAAGGCACACCAUUAGAGCUAGGUCCAACAAAAGGAUGCCAGGAAGCUAUCAAAUGUUUAGAGAUGCAUUGUAACCUCUUAAGAGGAAGUACUUCGAAGGAAGUUUUGGAAGUAUUCUAUCAAGAAGUAGGAAUUCGAUUACAAGCUAUUCUCCAAAGACACUUGAAAAGACAAAUAAUAUCCCUCGAAGGUGGAUUCCAGAUUAUAGCCGACCUGAACACUUAUCACGCCUUUGUGGCGUCAUUGAAACAGCAGAGGAUAACAGAAGAUUUUGCGAACCUGAAAAUGCUAGGACACGUUUAUAUCGUUAGUGACGCGAAGGAUUUGGCACAGAUCGUAAGGGAUGUUACGAGGUACGGAGGGACGUUCACCCCCGAGGAUAUAUACGAGUUUAUUCAGCGGAGAAGUGAUUGGAAAAAAAUUGAGAAAACGGUUGAUAAGGCAAUGUAUGCUCUCUCGGUUAGGGAAGAUUGUACCAUCAUGUAA